UAAGAAAUUACAGGCGGCAUAACCUAAACGGUUUGUUUUCCGCCGCGCAUCAGCAAGGGGCAAGCCAGUUUGUUCUCGGGAGAGGAGGUUGGCAGCGUGUACCAUACAGCGCGGAUGUUGUUCGCCCCAUGCUUUUUCCUUGGAAGUCGUCGGCGACGACGACCUCCAGCAGAAAUGGGCCGUGGUGCCAGUAGCGCUGCUGCGUUUCUGUUGGCCACCACGAUCCAAAUCUUUUGCUGCGGUGGAGGGCGAGGCGUUGCUCUUGGAUAUCAACAUGCUCACCAGGGCGUGACUGCGGCAGCGGGGGGAGCAACAACACACAACCGGAGCACAGCGGCUGGCCACUUCACCUCUAGACGAUGCAAAAUACACAGUGGCACGUGCGCUGGAGGCGCCUACUGCUUUGCAUCAUCGGUCCGACACAUCAACACCCCACGGCGGGGAGGAGCGUUGCAAGUUUCGCCGCGUCCUCGAGGCACAAAAGGGGACAUAGUGAGGAGGGAUAGGGACAGGAACGAAGAAGUGCUCCGGGAAGCACAGCAGCAAGAGGAGGCUCGCCAGCGUGGGACGGACCCGAUGAAGGUUAGCCUUGGCAGCGAGGGGCUCGAGGUUUGCCGGGUCAUCAAUGGUUUGUGUCAGGGCCCGCUCGACGACACCUCUGGCGACCCAACGGACGCGCUCCGCUCCAUGGAUCGACUGGCGGAAAUGGGUCUAACGACGUUCAUGCUGGGCAACGGAGCCGGGGGCGGGAGAGCGCUGGCGGAGAGUCGGGCGGGUUCCUACCUCAAGUCGGCUGCCGGGGCGGCUAGCGGCGAACAAGAGGUCAGGUUUCUGAACACGCUGAGCCUGAGGCGAGGCGUGCCGGUGACGAGGAAGACCGUGAAGUCGGCGCUGGAGUUGUCUCUCCGCAGGAUGGGGGUGGAGCGGUUGGACCUGGUGCAGCUGUGCUGGCGUGAUUUCGAGGAUCGAUACUUCCUGGAUGCGCUCUACUACCUAGAGGAGUUGGAAUGGGUGUCCAACGUUGGCGUGUGCGGGUUCCCGGGGGAACCGUUGGCCCUCGCAGCCAAGAACGGUUUCACGGUGGUUUCGAACUUGGUGGCGUCCUCUCUGAUCAAGACCCCAAUGGGCAGCAGCAGCGGCAGCAGCAGCGGCAGCAGCAGCAGCAGCAUCGGCAGCAGCAGCAGCAGCAGCAGCAACAUCGGCAGCAGCAGCAGCAGCAGCAGCAGCAGCAGCAGCAGUGAGAGAACUGGCCUCGCACGACAGUGUCGGGAGCAAGGCGUGGCCUUGAUAGCGUCAGGCGCCUCGCUCGGGGGGUUCGCAGCUGAAGAGUGGCUCUACCGGUCCCCCCCCUCUGUGUCUAAUGAGGAAGAGCUGCCUCUGGCCUCUCGACAGGCUUUGUCUGAUAUUCUCGCUUGGGGGAGAAGCAACGGCAACGACGAUCUCAAAGGCGACCCAUGGGCCUUGUACCAGAACAAGCUUCUACCCGAGCUGCAGGCCGUCGCUCGCAAGCACGGCGGCGGAAUCUCCCCCGCUGACGUCGCGACCGCCUUUCACCUCUACAGGAGACCCGUUCCUCCCUUCGGAUCAAGCAGGACCGAUCCUGGGACCGCCUCCGAAACACAAGCCGUCAAUUCAGCGGUGGCGGUAUCAUUGCCGGUCCGGGUGAACUCUGCUGGAAGUGUGUCCGCGAGGAGGGCGGCGGAGGCAGACGAGGAUCGGGUGGCCGGCCGCCGGGGCGCCGAGCUAGCCGACGCGCUUGACCCCGAAGACAUCCAGCGCAUCGCGACGGCGGUUGGAGCUGGGAGCGAGAGGGAGGCCAUCCAAGUGGGGGGUGCGCUUGGAUGGGAGGACGAAGAGCUCUUGGGAGGUGCCGAAGGGGAAGAUGAGGGGGCGUUGUGGGCUGAACAAGGGGUUGGUUUGGAGGGGCCGACGAUUUUCCUGUGAUGUGAAACAAGUUGCCCGUAAGGUCUUGGAUCAAAUGGAUGCCGUCCGAGAGCGGCUGACUAUAGAUGAGCCUAUGUGGCGAUACCAAGCCCACGCAAGAGCAAACCUGUCGUUGCUGCCGGGCGCAGCGGCGUGUUUAGCGCGCGAUCGUUUAAUUUUCGUGUGCCUAUUUACCAUGUUCGAAAGCCAUGAGAAUAUCGACACUAUUAUAGCGGCAAACCUUCUCCAUGGCGGCACGUCUUGUUUUUGGCAGGAGUGCAACCAUGAAUCCCUGCCCGCCCCCCGACCACUCAUGGGUUAUCACAUACUUUAUUAUACCCGUGUUUCUGCGGGUGUGUGUUGUCUAAGAUGGGUGGAACGAGCGUCACAAGCGUCGACGGGUGUUUCCCUUGUGCAGUCGUUUCUAUGUAGAUAGCUGUUCUGUGCUUACAGACAAACACGAAAAAAAACCUUGCGCCUUCACUAAUGAACCUCUUUUUUGCCCGUUUGUUCCUCCCUCGGUGGCGUAGCCGGACCAUUGGCUUACUCCGGAGUAUGAAGUUUUCAGUUUUUCCCUGUCCUUACGGUCAAGUUGUUCGGUAUAAUGUUCGCCAUUUUCCAGUCUGGCUAGAUAAUUCCAGCUUUAUGUGAUGAGGCGUCCUCCAACUCUAGAUUUGUAUGCGCGAUUUAGCUUCUGGGAUCGGCAGUACUUUUUUUCAG